CUCGCACUUUCAAACUGAGUGCGAGGAGUCGUCUCUCCCACCGCCGAUUUUCUCUCUCUUCACUUCAUUGGCGAGGAGUUAUAGUAUGGUGUACUUGUGGUCUCUUUCUCUUUCGAACUUUUUAUCCACGUAUAUUUGCGUACAUAUAUCGUGAGCGACUCUGUUGUUGUUUUAUAUUUUGUGUGUGUGGGAGGAUCUGUCUGUAUUGAUUGCAGAGGUAUGAAGUAGAAAAUUUUGGGUUUUUCGCGCGCUGCGAACGUUCUGGGCUCGUCUUUACGUAACAAUGUUGAAAAUCAUCGUUAUUAUUUAACGAAUAAGUGAAAGACACCCCGGAGCCACGUAUGCGCAACUUAUAUGCAUUGUCGUUAUCCUCUCGAUGCAAAGCAUUUGUAAUUCGCCUAUUAUACGAGUGAAGAAACUUUGCAUCAAAUUUCCUCGAAGCUCCAAAGCAUCGCUUAUGCUAAAACCAAAAUUGCUAUCGAUCGACCAUCCAUACACCUUAUACGUAUACACACAACACCGAUAAGCCGUGUAGUCACCUCUCACAGGAUAAUAUAACGACUCUCCGUGCGGCGAAAGUUACAUAUUUCAUCGUUAUAUACUCUCGAUUUUUACCGCUACGACCGACUCGCAUCACCUGCAUAUGUGUACACGUAUAUCUAUACAACACACACACACACAGGCAUUGUUCGAAUUGGCGCACGCGAGGAUCGCUAGGAAGCUGUACGCGCGAUCACGCGAUGAUGAUUAUCUCAGGAGGAAGCGGAUGUCUUGGGCUCCAAUGUGUCUCGACUUUUUCGACUCGAACUACAAUUCGAGGUUUAUUUAUCGCUGGGGAGCUUGUAAAUUACGCCCGUGAUUUAUCGAGAACUGGUCGACUAUUAUUCGAGCCGACGUUUGGAUAUGGUUUACGUAAUUGUGUUCUUUUGGUGAAUGUGUGUCUUCCGCUUUUCAAUUGCGACGUGUCUUUCGUUUCUUUGGAAAUAAUUAUAAACGUUAUAUACGAUUAUGGAAAGGGUUCUACUCUUCGCGCGCUUUUUUCGAACCGCGCGCUCGAUCGGCUGCUAAAAGAGCAAACCUACGCAUGCGCAGCCUCUGCUGAACAAUAAUAAUAAGGACGGAUAUAUAAGUAGACUUGGUAGUUGGUAUAGAAGGAAGGUUAGUAUUGGCGCCGGGGUCCCAUUUUGAAAUACACGUAUAAGAGCCUAUACUACACUAUAGCUAUCCCCCAAGACUGCAUAUAACACACUAUACCUGUCCCCCAAGUUUUCGUCCCUUCUAUACACCAAGUCUAUAUUCAUUGAUAAUAAUAAUAAUAACAAUAAUAAUAACAAUAAUAAUAAUAAUACAGUACAAAUAAUAACCCGGUCGACGUAAGCAUUGUUUGUUGUAGUCGACGGCUUUUGUUAUUAUCGAUGGUGCUAAUUGUUGAAAAAUGAAUAUAAAAAUAGUAGUCUGCUGUUUAGUCUUGAUUUUCGCUGAGGCCAAUGGAACUCUGUCGCCCACGAAAGGAAAGAAGGCGAAGAAGCAGGAUAAGGAUGUGAAAAAGACUGGACCCACUGAUAAGGAUGUGUUCCAAAGGAACCUGGUCAGAACCGAUCCAAAAGUACAAGAUAUCCUGAGGGAGAGUGGUUUGUACGGUAGACAAACAGAUGUUAAACAUUUCAUAUCAGGAGAUGUUCUUGGAUAUAUUACACCAUGGAACAAUGAUGGCUAUGAAAAUGCAAAGAGGUUCCAUGGAAAAUUGGACAUGGUCUCACCAGUCUGGCUGACAGUCAACAGCAAGGACCCAUUCAAAAUUCCUACGCAUGAUCUUCAAAAGCUAUGGCUACAUGACAUGAAAGCUGCUGACAAUGAGAAUCAUACCACAAAGAUUCUGCCUAGGAUUUUAUUCGAAGGAUGGUCCGGUGAUGAUGUUCUUGAGCUUUUCAAUAACAUUCAAAAGAGGGAUAAGUUAAUCAGAGUGUUGACUGACCUCACAGAGGCUUAUUUAUUUGAUGGAUAUGUUCUAGAAAUAUGGAACCAGUUUGCAUUCUCUGGGGCAAAAAAGAAGUUGAUUAUUUCUAUUAUAAACUCCAUAGCAGAUGGUUUGAGAAAAAAAGGUCUUGACACAGUUUUAGCUGUUCCACCUUUGAGAGGAAUGGACAAGGAACUUUUUACAAAAAAGAAUUUUGACUCUCUUGCGCCACACAUAAGGUACUUCUCGCUAAUGACUUAUGAUUUCUCGAGCGUUCAGCGUCCAGGCCCAAACGCUCCGACUGAAUGGAUAAGAAAAUGCAUAGAGUAUCUUGUACCCGAUGAAAACGAUCCAAAGCGAGCUCAAAUAUUAAUGGGCCUGAACUUUUAUGGUUACCAUUACACACAUACUGGAGGUGGUCCCAUUGUGGGCUCACAAUACGUGAAGCUUCUCGAGGAUUUCAAAGGCAAAAUUCAAUGGGACGACAAGAGUCAAGAACAUUUCUUUGAGCUCAAGUCCAACGACGGUGGCUUCGUUUUCUAUCCCACGUUAUACUCAAUUCUGGUCAGACUGGACCUAGCUGCUGAACUGAAGACCGGCGUCUCGAUUUGGGAGCUCGGUCAAGGACUGAAUUACUUCUUCGAUACACUGUGAUACUAAUUUUACAAUAGCACAAUAACCUCUCCAGUUUUACACGAAUUGAAACGCACACCUCUUCCGUCUGCAGUAUAUUAAAUAUUUACAAAGGCAUGAUGAUUUCAUAGUCGACUAUUUGAUCUUUUCCAUGCCUCGGUUCUUCAGCAUCAUCAUCGUCUGUGGUCCCUGAAUUAUGUGAUACAUCAGAGCCCAACACAUUUUCGACGGCAGAAUACUGAAAGUAAAAAAUUACCAAGUAAUUAGCAUUUGAGUGCAAUAAUCGCUCGAGUGUCGUGGAUGUUUGGUAAUAAAUAAUUAAAUUACUGUUUGAGUGGCAAGACAUAUCGUAUGAUCCCGGGCAGCACUACGUAGAUCUGAUUCGUCGCUAUCGCCCCCACGACUUCGCUCGCGACGUAGUCUGGCUCGAGCAUCGGCCUGAGCCUGAAAAAAUCAAUGAAUUGCAAUAUAUAAAGAGUAAGAUAUAAGGAAACAUUGUAAUGGUUGGUACUUUUGUUACGAGUCUUUCUAACAACCUGUUUAGUAACGAUAUAUUUGCCAGAACGUUUUCGUUUUCUUUUUUAAUAAAUGAAAUUUCACACAAUUA